UCAACAACACGUCCUUUUUUUUUACAUCCUCACUGUAAUCACAUGACACCAUUCGAAAUAAACCAGACAGUUGAAGGCGCGUAAUUACUUUGUUUAGCCAAGUGUUAGUAUCAACGCGCCAAAGUCAUCUCUACACCGUCAAGUGGACGAUUAAAUGAUUUCUAAUUGAUAAAUUCAUCAAGAGACAUCAUCAAGGGGUAACGGUGAUUUGUGUGGUUUCGAAAAAAAACUGCGGAAUAGGAAUUGCACAGAUUGUUCAUUGACACGGAAAAGAGGAAGCAUGCAAUCAAAUGCCUCGACGGCGUUGGAUCUUGAUGCUGCAAGAUCAACCGGUUGCUGUGAUGCUGAUCACAGAAAUGGGAAGGAAGAACGUGAAGAUAGAGAGAGGAGACAGUUGAGUGCGCAACCCCUGUCUCUUUCCCUUGAGGAUCGCGAAUUGUGGACCAGGUUUCAGAGCAUCACUAAUGAGAUGAUUGUGACGAAGAAUGGAAGAAGGAUGUUUCCUGUGGUUAAGGUUGUUGCACGGGGGCUAGAACCAGCUGCAAUGUACACUCUCCUGUUAGAGUUUGUACAAAUUGAUCCUCACAGAUGGAAAUAUGUAAAUGGAGAGUGGGUACCGGGUGGUAAGGCCGAAGUAGCACCGCCUAAUCCAAUCUACAUUCAUCCGGAGAGCCCUAACUUCGGAGCGCACUGGAUGAAGGAGGCAGUAUCAUUUGCCAAAGUUAAAUUGACGAAUAAAUCGAAUGGGAAUGGCCAGAUUAUGUUGAACUCGCUGCACAAAUAUGAACCGAGAGUGCAUCUCGUGCGCGUCGGUGCGGAAGAGCAACGGACUGUACUCACAUACAGAUUUCCCGAGACUCAAUUUAUCGCAGUGACUGCGUACCAGAAUGAAGAAGUAACAGGCCUGAAAAUUAAAUACAACCCUUUUGCAAAAGCAUUUCUCGACGCUAAAGAGCGUCCGUCGGACCAACAAACAUACCCCCAAUAUACAAGUGCGUGGUUUUUGCCUCAACCAGCAAUGGCCUAUGACUAUGCCCCUUCCUCGAUAUCCGUCGCUUCGUCCCAGGUGUCAAAUCCAUCCAGUGAUCUCACGAGUACAUGCACAAUAUCCUCCGGAAAUCAUAAAAGUUCAUGUAGAACCACACCAUAUCCCGUCAGACAUAAAUACCACCAAGAAGAUGAAAAUGUAGAUCCCUACAGUUCAGUGCCACUUCUCCACUCAGCCUACGUCACAACCGGUUGGUCAAGGAGUCCUGAGCCAUUAUCAAUGAACCCCCUACCCCAAGAGUGGCCGUCCUCACCCCUUCCCUCCCCCACCUCUUCUCCCGCAGCUCCCUCCUACUCCCUCGGCAGAUCCUCUGUCCCAACCCCAACGACUUGCACCUUUUAUAUUCCCUCAGCCCCUUCCUCCAACACCUCCCCUCACGAACACCCACACAUCGUAGAAACCUCCACUUGGUUACAUCCGCCGUCAGUCUCUGAUCAAGUUCAACAGCAGCAGUCAUAUUUGAAUCUCAACCUACAUCUGCACCAUCAGAUACCCUCGUAUUCACGAACUCCUACACUUUCCGUGCUACAAUCAACCGAGACCGAAGUUAAUCACAGUCCCAUCCCCUCAGGCCACGAAUAUCCUCAGAGUUAUCAACAAACUACAGAUCAAGGGGAACAUCAAAGUCAUUUGUUGCAAUUACAAUCCCAGGGGUCAUCCUCACCAUCUGAAGACUAUGAUCCCUCAAAAAAUCAUCACUCCAUUGGGUAUCAAGAGCAAAACCAGAAUCAAGAAAACGAAACGGGAGAAGAUGAGCGAAGAUAUGUGAACACUGUUAUUGAUCAUCGUCUAUCGAGUCACCAGAGAAAUUCUGCAUCCGCAGAUACUCAGGGUGGCUGGUCCCCACUCACCCCAACCACCGUCACCCAGAACACCGCUCUCUGACGUGAAUCUCAUCGACUACCCAAUGAAAUCAGUAGUGAAGUGGUGAAAACAGCGCAGGAGGUCAAUUGAAAACUCACCGAUCUACGGAUUAAUUAGUACAUAUCGCCUCAGGGAAGGAAUCUAGAGAAAUUUAUCAAAAGACCAUUUAUGUAAACAAUAUUCCUGACUACAAAAACAAACCCAUGAUUCGGUAUACCAAUGUGACAUGAGGUCCCGAAAUCCGUCAGGUCAAAAUGCUGAUUAUAGAGAAGAAAUUGUGUGAUAGUACCUAUGUGGUCACGUGAAUAUUUACCAUUUGAUUCACAAACCAAAAAAAGGUUCUCGAUUCCAGAAGCAAUUAACUUCUGGUUCUUGACGGCAUGGUAUUGAGCAUAACAAACUGGUUACUUAAUUUAAGAAGAGAGAUCCUUAAAUUUCACUAUCAAAAUUCUACUUCUUGCGAAUGGGAAAAAUUCUUGAAUUAAAAUCAUUUGAAAGGGGAUAAAUUCUGCAAGAAUUGAAAAUUAUUCCAACAUGAAUUAAAAGAAAACACCAGAUAACAUACUUUGAGGAACAAAAUAUUCAUAAACAUGAGUAGAUUAAUUGUAGAAUAAGCAAAAUCAUCAAUCAAUUCAAUAAUGAGAAUGAUAUCAAUUUGAGAACCUCAAGGUUCGCAUUUUAAGAGCCUAAAACUUCGGAAUUCCUGAACUAGGAUUGUCACAAAAAAUAAUAAAGAUCCCUAAUAGAAACAGGUAAUCUAUAAGAUAACACGAUGAUAUCUGAUAAAGCUGUAAAUACAAUAUUUCUCAUUUG